CGCGCAUUCAUGUCACAAAGUUUCCCUUCGUGGGUGGCUGUAGUGGCCUAGCUGCGGUUUUUUUUGGCCCAACGUCUUUGAACCCGCCAAGCUCGUUGGGCAGGAGAGAAAGUUUGCAAGAACCCACAAGACCCGCAACAAACCCUAUCGCUAUCUCACGACGCGCCGCCACGGUAUGGUGGCAUCGGGCGUCGCCCUCCUCCGCUCGCCCUUCCAGCUCGUCCUGGCCCUUGGCACAGAUGGUCGGAACGCUGAUUUUCGGCCAUGGCAGGCAGCGGAAACAUAGCCCUCGACUCGCACUCAUCCAUGGUGGAACAAGAGGAGGCAGGAGAGGACGGGGCCAAUGAAGCCUCCAAGAUCCAAGCGCCGGCUUCUGCGGGAUUGGGGCGCUGGAUCUUGGGUGUGGCUUCGUCAUCUUGCAAUUUCUUAUAUACAGAUAAAUAUGGUUCAGUUCAAAUGGCUGCUGAAUCAGAGAACGGCAACUGCAAUGCUUGGGCAGCGAGAGAUCCUUCUGGAGUUCUCUCACCAUACAAGUUUAACCGCAGAGCAGUGCAAAGCAGCGAUGUUGCGCUGAAGAUCAUAUACUGUGGAGUCUGUUAUGCUGACGUUGGUUGGACACGGAACAUGCUCAAUGAUUCAAAAUAUCCUUUGGUUCCUGGGCAUGAGAUAGCUGGAGUUGUAACUCAGGUUGGUGCAGAUGUCAAAGCCUUUAAAGUGGGUGACCAUGUAGGUGUUGGAACAUAUGUGAACUCAUGCCGAGAUUGUGAGAACUGCAAUAGCUCUCUAGAGAACCACUGCCCAGAAAGAGUUUUUACUUUCAAUGGCAUUGAUACAGAUGGAACUGUCACAAAGGGGGGUUACUCCACUCACAUUGUAGUCCAUGAAAGGUAUUGCUUCAAAAUACCCGAUGGCUACCCUUUGGCAAAGGCAGCACCUCUUCUAUGCGCUGGAAUAACUGUGUAUACUCCAAUGAUGCAACACAACAUGAACCAACCUGGAAAGUCACUUGGGGUCAUUGGACUCGGUGGCCUAGGUCACAUGGCGGUGAAAUUUGGUAAAGCGUUUGGUCUUAAGGUCACAGUUUUGAGUACAAGUGAAUCAAAGAGACAUGAAGCCAUCAGCCUACUUGGAGCAGAUAAUUUUGUUAUAUCAUCAGACACACAGCAGAUGGAGUCCCUGAAAAACUCCCUGCACUUCAUAGUUGACACCGCUUCUGGUGACCAUCCGUUUGAUCCAUAUCUCUCUCUCCUUAAGGUUGGUGGUGUGAUGACACUGCUGGGCUUUCCAAGUGAGAUCAAAAUGCACCCCGCAAGCCUUCUUCUUGGUGCGCGGGCCUUGUCUGGUAGUGUUGUUGGAGGUACAAAAGACAUCCAAGAAAUGGUUAACUUCUGUGCAGAGAACAAAAUCUAUCCAGAGAUCGAGAUCAUUAAGAUAGAUUACAUCAAUGAGGCUUUGGCAAGGCUUGUUAAUCGAGAUGUGAAAUACCGCUUUGUAAUUGACAUCGAGAACUCUUUCAAGUAGGAUGCGGGUUCACAUGCUCUCGUCUUUCUGUUGGUGUACAAGAGCAAUCACAAAUUUGAGUCAUAUAAAAUAAACUUGAUGUAAUGCUGCAGCGCAUUUACAAUUCUAGUCAUGUGUUAAUUUCAUUAUUGUAGUA